AUGAAAGCAUUGAAAAAUAUGCAAACUUUCAAAGACAAUUCCGACAUUCUUAAAGUUAGAACUAAGCUCAUACUGGGAGAUGAAGAAGAGAAUUUUAAGUGCCCUAUAUUUCUGCCAGGUAACCAUGAAAUAAUACGUCGAUUGAUACACCAGAAACAUUGUGAAUUGCAGCAUGCCGGACUUCGAACUCUCAUUUCCAAUUUGAGGGAAAAUUACUGGAUUAUUUCUGUCAAUAAAAUAGCAAAACAAGUAAGCUCUCAUUGUAUUACUUGCAAAAGAUUUAAAGCCAAACCUACGGAGCCACCUUUAGCACCUCUUCCUAAAAAUAGAAUAAAAGUUGCUGCAGCAUUUGAAGUCACAGGGAUUGAUUUGGCAGGCCCAUUGUUUUUACGUUCUGGAGAAAAGACAUGGAUUGUCCUUUUUACCUGUGCUAUUUAUAGGGCUGUUCAUCUUGAGUUAGUCAAUUCCUUGUCCACGGAAGCCUUUAUAAUGGCUUUAAGAAGAUUUUUUGCUAGGAGAGGUCGAGUUAAUAUAAUCUACACAGAUAACGGCACCAACUUCGUUGGUUCAAGUAAUGCCUUGAAAAAUCUAGAUUGGGAGAAGAUCGUGUCGUUUACCACUAUCAAGAAAAUUAAAUGGAAUUUCAACCCUCCAACUGCUGCAUGGUGGGGUGGAUGGUGGGAGCGGAUGAUUCGCAUGCUAAAAGAAAUGCUAAGGAGAAUUUUGGGCCGAAAGAGUAUUGAUUAUGAAGAAUUGGAAACUCUUAUAUGUGACUGUGAAGCUACGAUAAAUUCCAGGCCUCUCACAUAUAUUGAAGAUAAUUCAGAAGGUCUAAGGCCAUUGACACCUGCUUGUUUCUUGCAAGGCAUUCCUAGUAGUGAUACAACUGAUUUAGACGAAAUCGACAGUAAAAGCCUAAAUAGAAGAUUACGUUUUAUUCAAAAACUACGGCAUGAUUUAAGAACGAGAUUUCGCACCGAAUACUUAGCAAUGUUAGUGCAUAAAGGUCGUCACACCCGAGAUGAAUCUUUGAAUGUUGGAGACAUAAUUCUCCUUGAAACUGAUGGAAAACGCCUUCACUGGCCCUUAGGAAUUGUAACUGAAGUCCUCCCUGGAGCAGAUGGACAUUCAAGAGUCUCCAGAGUAAGAACAGCUCAAGGGGAAAAAUUAAGACCAUUCCAGAGACUUUAUUCCUUGGAAAUCAGAAGUUCUGAAAAAUUACCAUUCAUUGCUCAGCAAAAGGAUAAAGACACAAACACUCAACUUCCUGCAACUCCAGCUGUUUCAGAUCUAGAUUCCAGUGAAGAUGAUGAUUAUAUAACCAAAGCAGCAGCUCCUGAGGUUGUCACCAAAACUGGCCGGCGUAUUAAAAUUCCCAACAGACUCGAUUUAUAA